UUAGAGUGAGGAGGAACAACCGGAUUAGCCUGCCCUGAAUUUAAGGUCUGAGGAAACUAACGCUGGACUUUACGGAGAUGAAGUGGUUGCGUUUUGCGCUCCUCGCUUUGGGGCUUUUCUCUCUGUGCUGCGCCACGACCGGUGACAGCAGCGGUCUUAAAAAGAUGAAGAUGCAGUUUGCUACGGGUCCUCUUCUUAAGUUUCAAAUUUGCAUUUCCUGAGGGUACAAGCGGGUGUUUGAGGAGUAUACGCAGGCCUUGAACCAGCGGUACCCAGACAUCCGCAUUGAAGGAGAGAAUUACCUUCCCAUUCCCCUCUAUCGACACGUUGCAUCCUUCCUGUCUGUGUUCAAACUACUGGUGAUUGGGCUGAUUAUUAUCGGCAGAGACCCAUUUGCCUUCUUCGGUAUGCAAGCCCCAGGGAUCUGGGAGUGGGGCCAGGGAAAUAAGAUUUAUGCCUGCAUGAUGGUGUUCUUCUUCAGCAAUAUGAUUGAAAACCAGUUAAUGUCAACAGGAGCAUUUGAAAUAACGUUAAAUGAUGUACCAGUCUGGUCAAAGCUGGAGUCGGGUCACCUGCCUUCCAUGCAACAGCUUGUGCAAAUCCUCGACAACGAGAUGAAGAUGAACGUUCACAUGAAUACAAGACCACACCCCCACUCCUAACCCUACUUUUUAAAUCCCUGGCUGGAGCUGAAAGCCCCUCCAUGUUUGAGGUGGGUUUCUCUCGGGCUGUGAAGUGAUGUUUAUGAACGUCUGGGCUGAAAGCAGGAAGACUGCUAGCACAGACGGGAUGCCCCCCAUCACUCUUCACUGCGCUCCGAAGAGAUGUCCUGCCCCUGACGCCAGAGCGGGAUCCAUGGCAACAGUUUUAGCCAAUCUGAUCUUUUCUUGUACUAUCUAUACUACUGCUGAUUUCAUCCGGACAAUCUAGUAAGAAGAGAUUUAACAUUGGUUGUUGUAGUCAUUAACUUGUUGCAUAUAUUUCAUGUAUGUGAAUUAAAUAAUAAAAAAGAAAUGUUGUCAUUUGUACCAAUGAGCCAUACGUAGAAUUUUAAGUUAAAUUAAAAAAAAAAGUAGGUUAAGUGUAGAAUACCCAUCAUGUAAGAUCUGUUAUCAUUGUGAAAAUGUUGGUGAAAUGUCUUGGAAAGAUUUCUGAAUAAUUUUUAUAUUUACUUACUUUGGAUGAGGCAGAUUAAUAAAACAAAUUAUAACGA